CACAGAAAAAAGGUGCGAAAGUGCACGUUUCUCGGUCACGCCUCUUUUGAUAUUCACUCGCAAGGAGGAAAAAAACUAAAACUCAGAUAUUAGCUCAAGAGAAGCGUUUGCACGUUUGGGAAAGAAAAUGUUGAAUAACGUGUACUAUGGACAUAUUAGCCGAAAUGAUGUAGAAAGAUUAUUGGGGAAGUAUGGGAAGGAUGGAAGUUAUCUCUUGAGAGACAGCCAAAGCGAGCGCGGAGCUUUAUGUCUCUGUGUCAGGAAAGCUCCAUUUGUGCACACAUACAGGAUUGUCCAGUCACAUCAAGGCUGGACGUUGGAGACCGAAACCAAAGAAAAUGUGCAGUGGUUCCAGUCACUGGAUAAACUCAUUGAAUCCUUCAAAAAGACCCCUCAUAGCAUGGUUCCCCUUCUGUACCCUUUUGAAAAGUCACUUCUAAAUGAAGAGGAGAGACAAAUGAAAGGGGAAUUAGCCUACAUGGAAAUUUGAGGAUCUACUGUGACCCAUCGAGAAGGAGUGUGCCUGUGUAAAUAAUUUUGCCUUUUCUAAAUUACUUUUAACAAGCGAUGCGAGCAUUUUUAUGUAUAAAAUGGCUAAAAAUGUAUAUCUCUCAAGUGACCAUAUAGGCCAUGACCAUGAUAAUAUCCCACAAGAUGGCAGUGGAGCUGCUAAAAAAUGUGAGAUGGACAGUAUAGUUUCACUUUUAAUUUCUAAAGUGCAGCGGGAAGUUUUUACAUUCAAGACUCUUCCCCAGUAUAUGCCGUGAUAUGCCAUUAGUACUCAGGAAAUCACAAAAGAAAUCAAUUAAAAUAGCUUUUAAACUGCAAAUAAGGACAGUCUUGUUUCUUACAUUUAUUAAUUAUAGUGUUGUACAAUGUACACCCUUCUGGACAUCGUGACCAUUUAUGUGACUCUUUGCUAAAAUGAGUUUUUAUACUAAUUAAUUUGUUACAGAAUGCAUGACAAAAAGUGAUACUCUACACAAAGAAUCUUUACUAUAUAGUUUAGAUGACAUGUUCCAACAUUACUAAUUAAUGUGCCAAAAUAUGUGCGAAUGGCAAUCUGUACAUCUGUAAAUGCAGUGUACGUCAUUAACUGCUUUGUGACUAAUGUAUUGUAUAAGUUGCACUAAAAUAAGCUGUCUUUACACUUGUUCUCUAUUGUAGAAUGUUUAUAAGGAAACUGUGGUUAACCUUUAAUAUUUCUUUUUUUUCUUUUUUUUUUUUUUGCUUUAAAGCUACAGUUGCAGUUUUGACGUUAUGUGUUUUAAAUGUUUAGACAUUUAGACCUUUUGAAAUGACAAACUCAUUGAUAAAUAAUAAACUUAUUAAACUGAUAAUCUAACAGAACUGUAGUAAUAAAGCUAAUGUAAACUAUUAUUUCCCAAAUACUAGACUUGCUAUAGCAAAUAAAUACAAUUUGAGAAGAAUAAACCUACAUAAAAAUACAUGACUACAAUUAAUUACUAAAUUUGGGAAUACAUGAAGCAGUACAUAGCAUUUCUGCUACAUGGCUCCAGUGUAAAUGUUUCAGUGCUAUGUCUGGAGUUUGGCAUGUACUCCUUAUGUCUACAUGGGUUUCAUCCAAACACUCUGGUUUUAUACAAUCCUCCUAAAAACAUGCCUAUUCAAUUAUAUUUACAGCUCACAUUGUGUUUCCUAGUUCGACUAGGAAAUACAACGAAUAAACAUCAGAGUAGUGAGAAUAAGUUGAGAAGAUAGCGAGAGAGAAAAAAAAAAAAAAAAAACCCACAGUGCUAAAACCCAUAGGCCCAUUUCAGUCAAACAAAACUGUUUUUUUUUUUGGUAAUUAUAUUAUU